AUGCGGCACUUCUCCUAUGCUGCUCAGGGAGCUGUCCCAGGAUGCCCUGAUCGCAACAGCUUGCCCCGGUGUGUACAUAGUCACAAGGCUUCGAGAAGUCCAGGAGCCCUGCGAUGGAAGAAGUUUGACGUGAGCGUCGUACCAUUCCAGGUCGCAUCCAUCUCCCAGUCAUUGUCGCGAGGCAGAUCUUGCGGCUCGUCUUGCAUACGCGCUAUAUCGCCAGCACCAUGGUCUCGAUACCUUCCAGAAGAGACUGGUGUAAAGUCUGAUCAUCUGGCCGAAGCAGGCCAAGUGGUACCUGUGGUCAGCGUUCGUCAGACCAUGCCUGAGUUGGAGAUCUGCAAAAGUAGAAAUCCGGAGCCAGGACAUCGCUCGAAGGUCGGCAGAGUAGCAGCAGGGUCCACAAGUCUGGAAGGUGAAGAGAAGGCCAAUUUCGCCAGAGUCGAUAGCUCCUCUUCUUGUGCAUCCUACCAAUAUAUUAAGACCGCUUCUUGUCCGAAUAGCUUGAUCAUUAUGGCUUGUCGACAAUCAGAGAACAUCAAGUCGUCUUCACAUUCGUCUCGUCAUCACCGGAAGAUGCCAAUGGAUAUGCUCGACGCGGCGAUUACCUGGACACCAAAGACUGGCAAGGCUGAUGACCCAGUCCAAGUCUCAGGACUUGGAAUCCUACCAGCAGUCUCUAUGGACAGUUCGAAGCACUCGAUAGCCAUGUCGGAUUGCUGUCACCUCCGCGACUGGUGUGAGGUGCAGUACUACAACCAGACCAUAUCUGCAGUAGCUGGAAGCAGUCGAAGCAAGUGUCGCAAAGAAGAUACGACAAUGGUCAUCAAAUCCAAACCACAUGGCUGCUGCGAAGUCGUGAAGAGCACAUCGUGCCACAGGAGUGUUCUGGGCUGA